CAGCCACUGACCGUCCGGACGGUUCUGAUCGCGAUGAUCAAAGCCUACGAGAUUCAAGGCUGCUACCAGAUUCGCAAUGCCUUCAACAAGGUGGGGCUGGAUCAUACGCUACUUGUGAAGAUCGCCUCCACAGCUGUUGUAGCUUGGCUGAUGGGUCUGACGGAGAAACAAGCCGCCGUCGCUCUCUCCCAUGCGUGGGCUGAUGGUCACCCUCUGCGCAUCUUCCGUCAAAGUCCCAAUGCGGGGCCACGCAAGGGCUGGGCCGCUGGGGAUGCCGCCAUGCGUGCUGUACACUUGUGCCUACUAGCUCGCGCCGGCCAGCCAGGCAUCCCCAGCGCGCUAACUGAGCCAGAAUGGGGGUUCCUGGCUGUCAGCUUUGGGGGUAAGGAGCUGCAGCUGCCACGGCCUUUCAAGACACGGGUGAUGGAGGAAGUGUUCUUCAAACUUAUCACUGCAGAGGGCCACGGCAUUUCCGCAGUACAGGCAGCCAUGGCGCUGGCCGAGACCAUGGCCAGCAGGGGGAUCGAUCCCGCUACUGAAAUCAGUCGCAUUGAUAUCCGCACGCAUGAAGCGGCUGUCCGCAUCAUCGACAAGCAAGGCCCGCUCACCAAUGCGGCCGACCGCGAUCACUGCAUGCGGUACAUGGUGUCGGUGGUGCUGUUGAAGAACGCGAUUAUUGAAGCAGAGGAUUACCACGAUUCGAGCGUGUGGGCCCAUGACCCGCGUGUUGAGGCCCUGCGCCAGCGGAUCCAUAUGGCCGAAGACCCGCAGUUCACCUACGGCUACCACCACAAGAAGGCGGCGGCCAGCGGACUCACCGUCUUUCUGACCAACGGGGAGCAGUUAGACGAAAUAGUCGUCGAAUACCCGAUCGGGCAUCCGAUGCACGAAGAUACUUUGCCCAAGGUGCGUGCCAAGUUUGAGCGAAACAUGGAGGGCCUGUUCACGGCGGAGGAGACAAGCCGGGUGAUCGACGCGAUCCACCAGGACAAACUUCCGGUGCAUCGAUUGGUCGACCUGCUGGGCCGAUGAUCGCUAUUGAAACUACUAGAUGGUAUGGGAACUGGUGGAUAUUGAACAGGAGCUUGACGAGCUUGGCGGGUCUUCGCUGCUGGAAUCAUUGGAAUUAUGGUGCAUAUAGUUUGGAACUGGUCGGAAAUAGACUCGUACAAUCAUUUUAAUUAGCAUAACUCAGUAAUAUGAUGUGUGG